GCUGACAGCGCUGGGGGCACGGGGUCUUGUUCUCCGCGCUCUAGCCCAUCUGCGCGCAGAGCCUCGUUCCCGGGCUCCCGGAGCCCGGCGGGCAUUGACGUCAAACGGCAGCAGAGCGCAGCCUACAGACGGCUGACCCGGGCCCUCCUCCACACCCCCGUCCCUUCCUCGCCCCCUCCCUCCUCCCGGCACCCGCUUCAGCAGGCUAUAAGAAGCGGGAGAGUGCGGCGCCCAAGCAGCGACGAGGUCCAGCACCAUGGAGAACUCCCGCCUGCGGCUGCUGCCCCUCCUGGGAGCCGCCCUGCUCCUGCUACCUUUGCUGGGCGCCAGUGCCCAGGAGGAUACCGAGCUGCAGCCCCGAGCCCUGGACAUCUACUCUGCCGUGGAGGAUGCGUCCCACGAGAAGGAGCUGCCAAGGCGGCAACUUCGGGCUCCCGGCGCUGUGUUGCAGAUCGAAGCGCUGCAGGAAGUCCUCAAGAAGCUCAAGAGUAAGCGCAUUCCGAUCUACGAGAAGAAGUAUGGCCAAGUCCCCAUGUGUGAUGCCGGAGAGCAGUGUGCAGUGCGGAAAGGGGCCAGGAUCGGGAAGCUCUGCGACUGUCCCCGAGGAACUUCCUGCAACUCCUUCCUCCUGAAGUGCUUAUGAAGGGGUGUCAGCCUCCACCCUACCGCAUCCCCUCUUCCCCCAAAGGAGCACUCCCUUAUCCCUGGAGUCUGGCUUUAGCAACAAUAAAGUUUGCACUCCCCUCUGAGGGCGAAUGGGCUCUUUCCUUGCUGUUUCAAAAUAAACCAUUUGCCAUUUUUGUGUGAAGGAUAAUGCCUUGCAUGGUGUUGGUAUGUGUGCAAAGUAUUCUUUUCUCGUUUUAUUCAUCUGACACAUUCUUGUGAACCUUUCUGGGAAGAAGAGGAACUUUUCUUUAACACUGUGUUUUUUGUUGUUGUUGUUGUUGUUUUUUAAUGUGUCAUGUCAGAAUGAAAGUUAGAUCUAGUUAAUUUUGGUAGAUGACAUCACAACCUGGAAAACAAA